AAGACGCACAGGUUUAUUAAUUCAUAAGACAUACAACUUGCCGACAAUGGGAGCCUCAUCUUCAAAAACUAAUAGGUUAAAGGUCAUAAUAGUGAAGCAGACUUUACAAUGUGGGUCGAAGAAGAUUGUCAGGAAAUGUUGACACAACCGUCUGGUAAUUUUAAUUUGAGCCUCUUUCCCUUUCGCUGGCGCUUAGCAGCAAAUAGGAACAUGUAAUGAAAGUCUGGAAGCCUGGUGAUAAGCUCGCCCGCCUCCGUCGGCCAGACCUGGGUGGGAGCUGCUGAGCCGAGAUAAAGCUACCUCUGCACGCACACUCAGCCCAUCCCACCUCUACAACAAAGGGAGGAAAACAAAACUGUUCUCAAGAUUCGAAGCAUCUACUUCAAAGUGAAUAGGAGGCAACAAAGCAGCAGAGAGACUAUAUUAUAAAAGGGAGAAAACAAACAGAGCUCAAGAAAAGGGAGAUUUGUGAAGGAGAAAAAUGUUAUAAAAGGCAAUUAUAGACAACAAAAAUGACUCCAGCAACACCUGGAAUAUGACAGCAGGAGCCUUUUCUAUCACUGGACCAUGGAGGAACAAUCCAUGCAGGAGCACAGCAUAUGCAGACCCAUCACAAAAGCAUGUGAAGAUGUCAUUGUAAGCUCUGAAGUCUCUCACUCAUCAUGCGUCCCUGUUGUCCCAUCCAGAGCUACCACCAUGGUUUUGCCCUCAAGCAAACUUAAACCUGUCAUCACUAAAUCUAACACUAGCCAAGUAUCAGGAUCUGUUUCUUCAGCCCGAUGCCAGAUGCGCAGGCGCAGAGCAUCUGUGGAUGAUGAUGAUACUGACAUUUACCAGAAAGAAAGCUCUGGAAUCACCUGUGCUUUUUGUCGAAAGAAUGGGGAAACACGAGAGUUCUACACAACACACAAAUUAAAGGAUAUCCAUGGAAAUGUGAUCUGCCCUGUCCUUCGUGCCUACACCUGCCCCAAGUGUGGUCAGUCAGGAGAUUUGGCUCACACAGAGAGCCAUUGCCCUUUCGCUGGAAGCAGUCCCUCACUGAUACACAGUCUUCGUACCCGUAGGACAAGCUGUGGAAUUCGAACCCAGAAGCAUUAGUGAUACAAAUUGCUCUGCAGGAGUAAAUAUCAUUUCCAUAUUGUUGAUGACAAAUACUGAUUUUCUUUUGCACUUUUUUAUGUGUCCUAUGCAUGUUUCGAGAGGCCAUGUUGCACUAGCAAUGCAAGGGAAACAACCUAUCACUUAAAAAAAUUAUUGAAGUCUUACGCAGUUGUGUACCUUGAUGUAAGCUAUGUAUGGAUUAAUAAUCUUACGGUUUGUUUCUCAGUCUAGGUGGAAUAUUGGACUUUCAUACAAGGCUAAAAUUCCAAAUAAAAUUUUACAUCAGAGAUUAAGAUAAUUCUCAAGAAACUAAAUCCAUUUUAUGGUAUGAAAUAUACCAUAUAGUUAUUAUAAAUAACAGACUUGUUGCAUAAAACAAUUAUCUUUCAAGAUAAAACCUCAUCAUUAGGACCUUACGUAUUGUGACCCCCUCUGAGACAAAACACAAAAUUUGUCACAGAUGUGAUAUGCUAAAUAAACCUCACAUCUCUAUUAUAACUGUCUCCCUAAAGCGACUUAUGACUGACAGUUUCUGCUCUAUUCAAAACUGUUUGAAAAGGUCACGUUAAAAAGGGCUGACAGUUUGUCCUAUAGUAUGACUUUAAGCAGAAAUAACAUAAAAUAAAGUACAUUUUGAUAAAGACUGCUUGUUUAUUGGGUCAUCAGUCAUUUUGACCCAAACCACAUCACUCGUCAUAUCUACUACCCACCUGAGUUGACCCUGCCAUAAGCGUAUUGUCCUAUGUAAGUAUGCAUCGAUCCAAUACCAGAAGUCAAAUUAAUCCAAACCUUUAAGUCCAUUUGUUUGCUGAUGACACAAGUGGUUUUAAAUGUUAAAUAUUAUGAACGGAGUCAUGCAUCGCUUAAACAAGUUUAGUCAACAUCUUAAACAAAAAUGGCCAUUUGACAAUAUACAUUCAGAGAACAAAUCUUACAAUGGUGCAUAAAUGCAAUAGUUGAUUGGACUCAGGCAGUGGGUCAAUAUACUUCCUGAUCAAAAUGCCUGGCCUCCAUUUUUUUUCUCUUUAUUAGUUCAGUUCAAUUGUGAUUCUCUAAAGACCUUUUGUAGAAGUUGUGUUAAAAAAUAAUAAGAUUCUGGUGACUGCUUGUGCCUUAUUGUUCCUUUUGCUAAAAUCAUUUUCAAAAAUAUAGUUUAUUUUAAAAAAGCAUCAUUGUUUACUACAGUACACAUGUACUGAUCAAUUGCUUUUACCAGGAGAGUUACCCAAUAAAUCUUCAUUCAAGUGCAAAAUAAAUAAACAAGACCUAGUGAAAGCAAACACUACAAAGAAAAGCAUUGUGAUAUAUGGUUUUUAAAACAUUUAUAUAAAUGAACACAUUUCAGUCAUGGUUCAAGGAAUGAAAGUGGACUGACUAGUUUCUCUAUAACUGUUAUGACGCAAUUUUGGUGGAUUUUAGCAAGUCUUAAUAGGGAGGUUUUUUGUGUAACAAACAUUGUUGGCACAUAGAAUUGCAUGACAAGUCUUGAAAAUAAAUCCUCUUGGCUUUA